UGGGGCCGUGUCUCAGUCCAUCCAAGGUCCCCUCGGAUCGCCCGGAGAGGCAUUCGGACCUGGAGCAGUGAGCAGAAUGAAUACCUUCCAAGACAAGAGUGGCAGCUCCAGUAAUAGAGAACCCCUUUUGAGAUGUAGUGAUGCACGGAGGGACUUGGAACUUGCUAUUGGUGGAGUUCUCCGGGCUGAGCAGCAAAUUAAAGAUAACUUGCGAGAGGUCAAAGCUCAGAUUCACAGUUGCAUAAGCCGUCACCUGGAAUGCCUUAGAAGCCGUGAGGUGUGGCUAUACAAACAGGUGGACCUCAUCUAUCAGCUUAAAGAGGAGACACUUCAGCAGCAAGCUCAGCAGCUGUACUGGUUACUGGGCCAGUUCAAUUGUCUUACUCAUCAGCUGGAGUGUACCCAAAACAAAGAUCUAGCCAAUCAAAUCUCUGUGUGCCUGGAGAGACUGGGCAGUUUGACCCUUAAGCCUGAAGAUUCAACUGUCCUGCUCUUUGAAGCCGACACAACUGCUCUGCGCCAGACCAUCACCACCUUUGGGUCUCUCAAAACCAUUCAAAUUCCUGAGCAUUUGAUGGCUCAUGCUAGUUCAUCAAAUAUUGGGCCCUUCCUGGAGAAGAGAGGCUAUAUCCCAAUGCCAGAGCAGAAGUCAGCAUCCAGUAUUGCAGCUGUCCCUCUCAGCGAAUGGCUCCUUGGAAGCAAACCUGCCAGUGGUCAUAAGUCUCCUUACAUAUCCAGCACCAACCCCCAGGACUGGCUCACCCAAAAGCAGACCUUGGAGAAUAGUCAGACUUCUUCCAGAGCCUGCAAUUUCUUCAGUAAUGUCUGGGGAAACCUAAAGGACUUAGAAAACUGGCUUCUCAAGAGUCAGCAACAGGAAGUUCCUGAAAAACCAAGUUAUCAAAAGUGUAACAGCCAUUCCAAUGCUAGUUCUUUCUCCACUGAAAUGGAAAAGGUUGAAGAUCUAGAGCUUCCUGAUCAAGAUAAGAUGGACUUAUCAGAUUGGCUGGUGACUCCCCAGGAAUCCCAUAAGCUGGGGAAGCCUGAGAAUGGCAGUCAUGAAAUCAGUGAGAAGUUUAAGCUCUUGUUCCAGUCCUAUAAUGUGAAUGAUUGGCUUGUCAAGACUGACUCCUGUACCAACUGUCAGGGAAACCAGCCCAAAGGUGUGGAGAUUGAAAACCUGGGCAAUCUGAAGUGCCUGAAUGACCACUUGGAGGCCUAGAAACCAUUGUCCACCCCCAGCGUGGUUACAGAGGAUCGGCUUGUCCAGAACUGUCAGGACCCAUGUAAGGUAGAGGAGGUGUGCAGAGCCAAUGAGCCCUGCACAAGCUUUGCAGAGUGUGUGUGUGAUGAGAAUUUUGAGAAGGAGGCUCUGUAUAAAUGGCUUCUGAAGAAAGAAGGAAAGGAUAAAAAUGGGAUGCCCAUGGAACCCAAACCUGAGCCUGAGAAGCAUAAAGAUUCCCUGAAUAUGUGGCUUUGUCCUUCUAGAAAAGAAGUAAUAGAACAACCUAAAGCACCAAAGGCAAUGGUUCCUUCUAGAAUUGCUGAUUCCUUCCAAGUCAUAAAGAACAGCCCCUUGUCGGAGUGGCUUAUCAGGCCCCUAUACAAAGAAGGAAGUCCCAAGGAAGUGCCUAGUACUGAAGACAGAGCUGGCAAACAAAAGCUUAAAAGCACCAUGAGUACUUUCUGGUGUCCCUUUAAUACAGCAGACUGGGUCCUGCCAGGAAAAAAGAUGGGCAGCCUCAGCCAGUUAUCCUCUGGAGAAGACAAGUGGCUGCUUCGAAAGAAG